GGGCUGGUACCCUGAAUGGCUCCAUCGAUCGAGCGUCGAUUCCAACUUCAUUCCAUAGAAAGUGGCAUGGUCGCGAGUUUCUACGACGUUGGUUAUUUCACGUUCGCAUUUCCUGUUAGUUUCUAUGGUGGUUCUCGACUGGCCCAAAAGCCCCAAUGGAUAGGGAUUGGGGUACUGGUCAUGGGGCUCGGGUCUCUGGUGUUUUCACUGCCACACUUCCUAGCGCCCUCAAUGAUGUCGUCGAUGAGCGAGACGGAUACUUUGUGUCACGUCGGCGGGCUGCACGGCGAAAAUCCGUGUCAAGGCGCCACGGAAACGUUUUUCUCUUCUUACAAGUACAUUUUCUACUUCGGACAAUUCCUGCAUGGCGUUGGAGCAACUCCCUUGUACACUCUUGGAGUCACACUGUUGGAUGAUACAGUUUCAUCCGAAAACUCGCCAGUGUAUCUGGGAAUAUUCUACGCGAUGGCGGUUGUGGGCCCGGCAGUUGGUUUCUUCAUCGGAGGAGAGUCCUUGAAGCAACACACGGAACUUACUCUAAAAGUUGCAGAACUGGGCUUGUCUCCUGGAAGCAACCUUUGGGUCGGUGCCUGGUGGAUUGGAUUUUUGAUAGCUUCGAUUGUGGCUGUUUUCGUUGCUAUUCCAAUCCUCAUGUUCCCAAGAAAAUUGCCAGGUGCCGAUAGAUUGCGGAAAGAAAAAAUGGCAGCAGGGAGAACCGAGUUUGUCGUGGACAGCAUGGAAAACACAGCCGACCGAUUGGAAACCAAAAUCACAGACUUUCCCUGUCAUCUACUCGUUCUCUUACGAAACCCAACUUUCGUCGCUCUCACCAUGGCAGCUGCUUGUGAAUCAGGCCUCAUGGCGGGACUAGCGGUUUUCCUUCCGAAAUUCAUCGAAAAUCAAUUCAGCCUACAGGCCAGCAUGGCUGCUUUGCUCGUCGGUUCUCUAACCGUGCCCGCCGGCGGCGGCGGAACAUUCCUCGGCGGCUACCUCAUCAGAAAACUGAAGCUCAACAUUUGCGGCAUGAUUAGAAUGUGUCUCGUGGCGGCUUUCGCUUCGGCCUUGUUUUCGUUCGUGUUUAUACUCGACUGUCCCAACGUGGAAAUGGCCGGGAAAACCGUCGGAUACUCCAACACGAACAACAUAACACACCGACUGCCUUUGUGGAACUUGACCUCGGAGUGCAAUUCCAACUGUGCCUGUUCUGAGUACCGGUACGAACCUGUUUGUGGAGCUGAUGGCUUCAUGUACUAUUCGCCUUGCCACGCGGGCUGCUUGGUUGAACGACGAGACAAGUCAUUUGUCAAGGUUUUCAUGGACUGCCGAUGUCUGACCGGAUUCACGUUUAAAACCCGCAAUUAUGCCGGCCGGCAAUGGAACGUACAGGCAGUGGGCAAAACAUGCGACAACCACUGCAAAUACCUAAACAUCUACAUCCUGUUCUGCAUCGGGUUCGCAUACUUGACACUGUUGGACUCCGUGCCGAGCAUGUCGGCCACUCUGCGAUCAGUGCCUGAGUCCCAGCGUUCGCUCGCUUUGGGUCUACAGAUCAUGUACGUGAAAUUGUUUGGCACAAUCCCAGCACCCGUCAUAUUCGGACGGUUUUUCGACAAAACUUGCCGUCUGUGGCAGAAGGCUUGCCCCAUGCAACAAAGUCAGGGCAAUUGUCGGUUCUACGACAAUUACUGGAUGAGCAGAUACAUGCUAUUAGCAGCCCUGACUGGAAAAACGAUGACAUUCGUGUACUACGGCAUGGCCUACUAUAAUUACAAAUCACCAGAUGGCCAACUUUGUUACGACACCGAGAAAGGAAAACCAUGUCCCUCUGAGGAAGUCGAAGACGUUGCAGCAGACGAAAUGCUCGGCGGAGAAGACGACGUCGCCGACGAGUUCGCCACAUUAGAAAAAGGAAGAAAAAGGAGAAGGAAUCCAGCAUCCGGCAAGGGCUAAAUCUUCUCUCACUAGUUAUGCUCUGUCAAACGUGUUUUAGUCAAUCCAAUUCUGCGUUAUUUGUUACGGUAUCGAUAUAAAUUUCUUCAGAACUA